AUGGCUCAAUCAGGAAGACACUGGCACCCCAAUCCACAACUCAUGCAGCAACAUUCUAUGCCACAGGGUUGGCAAGGCACCUGGCCCCCACCAGCUGGUGUUGCUCUUCCUCCAAACUUUCCUGGUCCACCAUCCAUGCCGCCUGGCGCCAACACUCACCCACAUUGGAAAGCUGGCUUUUGGCAGUAUAAACCUACCUCCAACAUGAAUGGUGCAGGUCCCGGUGUUUACUGGGCAACCGGCAUGAGCGCGUCCCCCGUCCUGCAAGCCCGAGCUACUGGAGGACACAGCUCUCCGAAAAUGGUCUUGGUUUUGGAGAACAUGGUCCCUGCAAGUAGCGCUCCUCCUUUAGAGUCAAAAUUCACCACCGCAACCCUCACCCGUGCACUUGGAUCCAGUGUUCCCUUUCUACUCAUGCAUCUCCCUCCACCUCCGUCAAUCUCUUCGGGUAACGCAUGUCACGAAGAAACCGCCGAAAUUCCACCGCCGCUCUCGACUGCCACGAUUUAUCUGCAGAAUCGCAAAUUCCCUACUCGAGCCGCAGCUCAGGCCAGAGCCGGGCCAAAGCCAGCCGUCAUUUGCGGCUUUGGCCCGGCUUGGAUUUUUUGCAGGCCAGAGCCGUCUGAAGCCAGGCCAAAGCCGCGGCUUUUGGGCCAAGCCGGGCCGGAACAUCACUAUAUGGAAGGCACGGGUAUAGCUGGGUUGAACCUCUCUCAAGCUCAAGUCAUUGAUGGAAAUCACUCACGGUUUCAGGGGGAUGUGAGUGUGUUGAUCGUCAUCCGAGCUCGAGCCGCGCUGAUCAAAGUCAUUGCUGAUCUGUUGUCAGGAUGCCGUAAGUGUGUUGAUCGUAUGCUGAGCUCAGACCUUGCUGACCGAAUAAUUUGUCGCUCUCAGAUUCUUUACGGUUAUCAUUGUGCAGAGAUACGGUCUCAGAUACUCUCUGUAGCCUCCAGCUUAUCGCCGCUAGAGAAUAUUGUGCAAUUCAGUUCUGCUGCUGUCAUUAUUUUCGAGCACUCUUUCUAUAUUUUCUACAAGAGACGCUAUUUUCGGUCCACUCAUCCUGUCCGUGUCACUCUCCAGCGAUACAUGACGUCUCCGCAUUCGGCUGCUGUCAGGGAAGCUGUGAGCACUGCCAUCCGCGCAUAUGAAGGAAAUCCCUCUAUUUGGAAGGCUUUGCUACCUUUCGAACGCUCUCAGAGGAAGGCGGGAUUAAUCAAAACAAUUCUGGAGGUCAUUUUGCAACAUCGCCUGCACCUUAAUCCCAAUGAAGAUCGACUCAAAAGAGGCAGAUACGGGGCAACAGAGGUCGAAGCUUAA